GACAGAUCUCUUGAAGUGCACAGUCAUAUUUCUAGACGAAGCAUAAGGAUGGAGUUUCCCAGUUUAGGAAAGCAUUGCUUUGAGUCGAGUUGUAAACAACUGGAUUUUCUUCCUAUGAAAUGUGAUGCCUGUUCAAACAUCUUUUGUCGGGAUCAUAUCAAGUAUGACACUCACAGUUGUACAGAAUCAUACAAGAAGGACAAUCAAGUUCCUGUCUGUCCACUAUGCAAUGAGGCCAUAUCGGUGAAGAAAGGUGACCUCCCUGAUGCUGUUGUGAGUCGCCACAUAGACAAUGACUGCUCCUCAGAUCUUGCCAAACAGAGAAGAAAGAUCUAUACUAAUAAGUGUUCCUUCAAAGGCUGCAAGCAGAAAGAGCUUGUGCCAGUAAAGUGUGACAAGUGCCAUCAAAACUUCUGUUUCCGUCACCGCCACGAAACUGACCACAAGUGUCAGGGAUUUGAGAACACUGGUCAAGGGAUAUCAAAUGCAGGUGUCGCAGCUCUCUUUAGGAGGAAAACUAGUGCAGGUUCUUCAUCUGGCAGCUCCACAUCUCAGAAACCCCGCAAACAGCCACAACAGACAACACUGACCUCCUUCGGCAGAGGCCUGGACAGGGAGCGUAGAGAGAGGCAGCAAAGACAAGCUGCACCACCAACAGCAGCAGCAGCAACAUUGCCAGCUGGCAUGACGGAGGAUGAAGCUCUUGCCCGUGCAAUACAAUUGUCUAUGGCUGAAGGUCAGUCACAACCGCGACCAGCGCAGGGCAAAAAACAAGGCCUGACAGCCCAGGAGCAGGAAGACCAGCUGUUGGCCCAGGCCCUGGCAGCCAGUGAGGAGGAGGCCAGGAGGGAUCAGAGGAGGAGGGCAGUGAAAGUGUCAGCGUGAGUGUAUGGUCCUGAUCGGAGUUUCCGUCUAUUGCAGCAGCAUCAACAGCAAGAAAAAUCAAUGUGCGAAGUUUCCUGAAACAGAUGAUGAGGAAAUGACUUGGCAUUCAACCUAUCCUACCUUAGUGGCCUGAAUGGUAUUGUCCAGAUAAAGACAUGGAAUGUACCAUAGUUUCUUCCAGGGUGUAUUAAGCGUAUUGUGGAAUGGGGAAUACUUUCAAAGAUUGUGUGCAAUGAUUGUUAUCCUGCAUUCUCUGCAGUUUCAUUUCGUCAUGUUUAAAUAUAGAUUGUUGAAUUUUAUACCGAAAGUUUUACUGUCAUGAACAGCCUCUCCAACCAUCUCAACAGUGAGGGUCACAGUGACAUUUAUCUUUUUAAUACUAGUCCAAUGUUACACUUUACAUCUUUAGAAAUAAUACUUUCUGAUCAUAUUUUGAAUGGCUUCAUACUUGCGUGUAUGAGGUUCAGGCUUGUCAGUUAUUGUGUCAUGGUGAAUAUACCAGAAUCUAUACUACUCAGUAGAAGUUAAGGACCACCCGAGGACCACUGCUAUACUUAAUCUGAUAUGCCAUUUCAGAUUACCUAUAUCAAUAUGAAAGAAUCGUGUGGUCUGUAACUUCUUUUGAGUAGUAUUCUGUCCAUUCAAAGCUUUGAUUGUGGCGCUUUCAGUAUGGAGUAGCCAGAUUGUGUUCUGUUGACAGAACCUUGAUAAAAGUAUACUAUUCAACAUUUGCAGAGGACCACUCAAUAAUUAUGGCCAUCUGGUGUGUGAUUGAGAGUGAGUUAAUAUCUAAAGUUACAUCUGCAGUAUUUCAGCCAUAUCGUGACCUGUCCGGCAGUGAAUCUCAAGUUUGAUAAUUAUGCAUAUACUUCCUUGAUUGCAACUCACUUCCAGUAUGUUGAGCACUGUUAACACUUAUCAUCAUAUUCCAAUCAUAGUUUUUCUGAUUUAUUUAUUCCAUGAUUUAUGCAUUUUGACACUUUGUAACAAUUUUAUGUACCGGUACUUUGUUUCUACCAUUGUCUUUUGGAGAAUAUUGUGGGACUUUUUGAAAUGUUUCUUCAAAUUUUCUGUCAUUUUAUAAAAAUAAUAAUCAACUUUAUCAACUUUCGAUAUUCUUGUUUGAACUAUUCUUGUACUUGAUCAUGAAAAUUGUUAAUUAUCGAACAUGUCUAAAAUCCAGUGUGGUUCUCAUCAGAGGGGAAAUUAUUAACGUGCAUAUGUUGAAGAGUAUUGUUAAGUUUGAUUUCGUGGUGUCCAUGUUUAUCUGAAUGUUUUAUGUCUGUGAUAUCAAUAAAGUGUAUAUAUAUUUGAAA